CUCGUCCAUACAAACUCUAGAGUACAGCAGCUCUCGAGACAGCCAUCAUGCAGCUCUGGCACGCCCUCGUCGUCGCCAUCGCCGCCACCGACGCGACCCAAUGCCCCGCCAACAUGCAGCCCGUGAGUGUCUUGGGCCUCGCCGAGGUGCAGUGCGUCGCGUCCACGCCGUGCUCUGGCAUCUACGCCGCCGCCGGUACGCCGGUCGGGUCUUGCCCCGUGGGCACUUUUUGCAGCGUGUUUCCCGACAACGAGCUCGUCAUGGUCAUGCGCUGUGCGACCGACGGGUACCCCGGUGCCAUCUCACUCAACGCCGACGGCAGCAUGCGCCGCCCCACAACGUCCGCUCCCGGCACGACGCCACCGUCGACGGUGAGCCCAAGCGCCAUUCCCACGCCUCUGCCCAGCCCGUCAACACCAAGAGCCACGACGCUGUCGCCAAAUGCAACGACGUUCGCGCCGAACAGCAACCGCAGCACCGCGCCACCGCUGACCGAGCCGAUUCUUGUGACACCCGAGCCGUCCUCGAUUGUCAUUCCUGGGCAACCAACGACCGCCCCGAACUCGGCCAACCAGUCGGCCGAGACGCCUGCCACCGACAGCGCGGGCAUCGGCGCGUCUGCGAUCAUUGGGAUUUGCAUUGGCGCUGUGGCACUUGUGGCGAUUGCCAUCGGCGUCCGCGUCGUGCACGGGCAAAAGGAGCCGAUGGCAGAGUCGACCGUCGAGGCCGCGGACGGGUAUACGCUCACGCCUCGACGCCACGUCGUUCUGCUCUAAGUCGGACGACGCUGUACACUGUUCCGUAGUAUAUAAUCCAGUCGAC